AUGAGGUUUCUUCCCACCGUUACUGCUCUUACAGGCGCUGCCCUUACCGGCGCUACUCCUACCGGCCUCCCUACUGCCCAACUUGAUUUAUCCAAGUACAACCUCUCCGACUGUACCGAAACUUACUUGCCUUAUAUCGCGAGGGUAAUGACCGGAAUCGAGUAUGACGAGGAGCGAAAGUAUGCGUACUGCGUCGUCACCACCAGCAACGAUACCUUCUUCGACUACAAAUGCUUGUGUAGGGGGGGUGACGGCGAGGGGUCAGCAAUUAUGGACAAGGCGCUUUUAGACGGCCAGGUUUGGCUUAAUUGUGGGUGGGAUUACACCUUCGAUGUGGUCUUCCCCGAGACGAUAAAUUUCUGCCGCACGCUGUUGAAGGAAGACCUCGUCACUGCCACUACUCGUCGGAGUCGUCGGGCUUUGAAGCAGCCACCCCCCCAGCCGAAUAUUGGCCUCGUUGCUGCCGAAGAAUUGCCCGACACAAGGGUACAAGCCGAAUAA